GAUACUCUAAUUUUCUAACCCCAACACUUCUUUUCACGUUUACCAUAAAUAUACCCUCACGUUUCCUCUCUUUACGUAGCCAUAAUUUCCCUCAUCCUGCCUGACUGUGUUUUGGUUGCAAGGCCACCUCAUCAUAGGUUACCAUCUUUAUUUUCAAGUACGUAAGCUAGGAUCACUAUAAUGUGACAAAUCUCCUCAUUAAAUGGUAUUUAUUUUUGUGGCUGGCAGUUUUUUCAAAGGAAACUGGGGUUCGGGCUUAUCCGCGAGGCGGCAUGAUACCAGAAGGCGCUUCCUAUUAUCUGAGCUGGAGGUUGGAUGUGGAGGCUAACAAUGUGCGUGCGUGGCGCACGGUCCCUUCUCAAUGCUUGAGGUACGUUGAAGCUUACAUGCGUGGAGGACAGUAUGACAGGGACCUUGACUUGAUUGUUGACCAAGUUUUGAGUUAUAUUAAUGAGAUAGAUCCCUCCAAUGAUGGCAUGGAUGCUUGGAUCCUAGAUGUUGACGACACCUGCAUCUCUAAUCUCCUCUACUACAGGGAAAAGAGAUAUGGGUGUGACCCAUUCGAUCCAGCUGGUUUCAAGGCAUGGGCAUUAAAGGGAGGAUGCCAAGCAAUUCCUGCUGUUCUUGGAUUGUUUAACAACCUGGUUCAAAAUGGUUUUAAAGUAUUCCUGAUCACUGGAAGGGACCAGGAAACACUUGGCCAAGUCACUAGUGAUAAUCUGCAUGAUCAGGGCUUCAUCGGCUAUGAGCGACUAAUCUUGAAGACGGCAGGAUUCAAAGGACAAAACGCUUUGGCAUACAAGUCAGAAAUAAGAAGGCGAUUAGAAAAGGAAGGUUACAGGAUAUGGGGGAACGUUGGUGACCAAUGGAGUGAUCUGCAAGGAGAGUGUUUGGGGAACCGCACUUUCAAGCUACCAAAUCUAAUGUAUUUUGUUCCCUGAGAUUCAGUGGAAUUCUUGUUGCAGUGUGUUUUCUCCGGAAAUGAUCACGAGACAAGACUUGUAGCAUUAUUAUUAUGUUCGCAGAUGAAACAAAACAUAAUAAAGUGAAAUAAAUGGCACAAGAUUUUAGCAAA